UCCAACUACGUUUGAGACGGGUUGAGAAACUUUGAAAAUUGAAAAAAUCUACCAUAAUUUCGUGGUAAAAUUAUCACCUCCUUCAUUGCAGUACGUGACGGUUUGUGAGAGAGAAAGAGAGAGGUAUAUAUCUAUAAGAUUUCUUAUAAAGUAAAAACAGACACUCCCAACGAUUUUUGUUACUCCUUUCUCACCACAAACACAAAAACAAGGAAGAGAAGAGAGAAAGAGGUGAAGGGUUUGGUCUGGUUUGAGAGAGUACUCUGUUUUGCAGGUGAACAAUGGUGAAGGAAGCACAAAGUGGAGCCCAAGAGGAGGUUGUUUCAGUGGAGCUUUCAGCUCCUCCAGCUUGGAAGAAACUGUUCUUUCCUAAGAAAGAAGGUACACAGAAGAAGAAUGAAAUUGUUUUCAUUGCUCCUACUGGGGAGGAAUUCCAUAGCAAGAAACAGCUGGAGCAAUACCUAAAAUCACACCCUGGUAAUCCUGCAAUAUCAGAGUUUAAUUGGGGUACUGGUGAGACCCCUAGGAGAUCUGCGAGGAUCAGUGAGAAGGCCAAGGCAACUCCACCAUCAGAGAGUGAACCCCCAAAGAAACGUGGCCGAUCUUCAGGUUCAAAGGACAACAAAGAAGCGGAAGCUGCAACUGGAAAAAAUGAAGGCCCAAGGGAAAUUAAAAUGCAAUAUGCAGAGGAAGCUGGGGAGAACGAUGUUCCCAAUGAAACUGUGGUGGAGAAUGGAAGUGAAGAUGAGAAAAGUGAGAUUGAUGAGGAGGAAAGCAUGAAUGUUCGUGCUUUUGCAAAAGCUUCUGAUGCUGCUAAAACCCAACCUGAGGAUAAAGUUAAACAGCAAGAUGUUGCAGCUGCAGCAGCAGGUGAAAUGCCUGCUGAAGAAGCUAAUGGUACGAGUGACAAGAAGCAAGAUGGGCCAGAUACUGUGACUGUGGAAGCAAAUGGGGGAGCAAAGCAAGAUGAUCCCAACAUAAUCACAUCUGCAUCCGAGGAAGUAAUGAAAGAGAAAGUUGGGGAGGUGAUUGGAAAUGGCAAGGUUAAUCAAGUGAGCUGCUGAAUAUAUUUCCAUAGCAAUUAGUCCUUUUGUAACACCCCUUCCACCUUUUGUUUUUGAGCUUUUGGAUUCCUUGGAUGACUAAUUUUAGUGCUGCUGAUGCUAGAUUUCAUUGUAUGUAGGGGAAUCAAGUUGUACCAAUGGUAGAAUAGGGUUUUAGAUUCUGUAGCCUUUUGUUACAAUCAGGAGGAACUUAGAUCUUAGACUGUAAGACAUCAUGUUCCUUGACUUUAUGGUUGGUUAGAUUUUAUAUUCUCUCGGUCUCUGCA